GUUGUGUUCAGUUGUGUUCAGUAUGUUAUGAAACACAUAACAAAACACAAGCAAUCAAUCAAUCAAUUCAUAACUCAUUAAAUGAUUGCUAUAUUUAAAUGAAUUUAUUAUACAAUUAACAGUGUUUUCGGUCAACACAUCAACACAUCUCAUAGUCUGUGCCAUCAAUUGUCACCACAAUUGGUCGCCAAUGCAGUGAUUGUCACCACAAUUGGUAUCACAACUGUUUGUAAGCCAUAAUUGAGAUGCGAUUCAAUGAUAAUUGUAUUGAAUGUAUGUUUGUUUGCAUUUAAGUGAUUAACAGUGGGUUUGGAUUGUAAUUGAAUGCCAUUUACAGCCAAUUGAAUGGCAUUUGAUUGCAUGAAUUGACGCAAACGGACGCAAAGCGGAGGCAAAGUUGACGACAAAUCGAUAGGAAUUCCUGCAGUACUUGUGUCCCAAACGUCACACCAAAUACUCAACCAUUGAAUACAUUUGUGACAAACUCUGCAUUUGAGAGAUAAUGUCGUUUUCAAAUCAGUCGAGUUUUAAGCCAUUGAAGAUCAAAACCAAACGCUUCAAACCGAAGCACCAGAAGGCGAAGCUGUUCCGGGCGUCGGAACCGCUGCUAUCGGUGCUGAUGUGGGGCGUGAACCACACGAUCCAUGAGUUGACUCACGUGAACACUCCGGUGGUGUUAAUGCCCGACGACUUCAAAGCGCAUACGAAAGUGAAAGUGGAUAACCAUUUGUUCAAUAAGGAGAAUAUGGCCUCACAUUUCAAAGUCAAAGAGUACUGUCCGCUCGUCUUUCAGAACCUGAGGGAUCGCUUCCAAAUCGAUGACAACGAUUACGUCAACUCUCUCACCAAAUACCAGCCCACCGUCCAGACCGGCAGCGGACGCUCGGGCGCCAAGUUUUACGAGUCAUACGAUCACCUCUUCGUACUGAAGACGCUGACCAGCGAUGAGGUCGAGUCAAUGCAUCACUUGCUUAAAGAAUAUCAUCCAUAUAUUGUCGAACGACACGGAAAGACAUUACUUCCGCAAUACCUGGGAAUGUAUCGGUUGACAGUCGAGGGCACAGAGACCUACAUCUGUGUCAUGAGAAACAUCUGCUCCUCUGGUCUCAGCAUUCAUCGCAAGUAUGAUCUCAAGGGCUCGACUGUGGAUCGCGAGGCCUCCGAAAAGGAGAAGGGAAGGGAUAAUCCGGUGUUCAAAGACAACGACUUCACUCGCGAUGGCGUUCGCAUAUUCAUGAGCGACGAACGCAAACACAAGUUCUUGGAAAUGCUUGAGGCGGACACUGCCUUCUUGGUCAAGAAGAAUAUCAUGGAUUACUCCCUAUGUGUGGCCAUUCAUGACGCCGAGAGGGCCGAACAGGAACUCAUGGAAUGCGCGCCCAAUGAUCGACAACAACAACAGUCCGAAGAGGACGAGGGAGAGUCCAGUGGCGGCGACCGCACUGACCCUCAAGAACCACACGCAGCCGUACCGACGCCUCCCGACUCUCCCGAGACUCACCACAAGGCGUCGGACGCCAGUGAGAAUGAUCUCCCACUUUGUGCCACUAUCGACACCUCGAGGGAUAUUUACGCCAUUCAGUCGAGUCCUGAGGGCCCUAAACGUGAGAUAUAUUUCAUAGGUUUAGUGGAUGUGUUGACACAGUUUGGGAUCCGGAAGCGUACGGCACAGGCGGCCAAAACGGUAAAACACGGGACAACGGCCGAAAUCUCAACCGUACAUCCGGAACAAUAUGCUAAACGUUUCUAUGACUUCAUCGCUAAAGCAAUUGAAUAGACCACUGAUUUGUCGAUUGAUUUUUAGUUUUUAUUUUGUCGAUAACUGACAAAAACACAACAAAUCACAAAACAAUUGAAUACAAAGAGACCUCAAUUUAAUCAUUAAUUCACUGCAAACCAAUGUUUGCGAUCUCUCGUCACAAUUCAUACCAUUGAUAGCCUCAGUAUUAGAGCAAACGUUAAGUCAUAUUAUGAGUUAAAAUCAAUGUUUUUAUUUAAUAAUAUUUGGAUUCACUUUUGAGUGUCUAUAUUAUGGAUAUACAGUACACUGUAUUUGAAUGUAUGCUUUGAGUUGUUAAUUAUCUAUAGAAUGUCUAAUGUAUUAGUGUAUUGGCCGUACAGACUGUAUACCAUUAAUUACUACCGUAUAUAUACACACAUAUGAUAAGCCUAUUUAACAACAUUAAUCGUAUCGUUAAUAAAAGGGGGAGAGUUUGCGUCCCGAAUGGUUGACUGUCCCGAUUGGAUGCCAUCGCUCUUAUGGGUGCCGUCACAGAAGGGUCGGUGCGCUGUCUGUUUGCAGUUACAGAACCAGUACUCCUUAGUCUCCAAACAGUCCCAUCGAAUCGGUCUAAGAGUUAUCUUCAGAUGUUUGUUCUUAUGAGUGCCGUCACAGAAGGGCUACACAUAUACACACAUUAUUAAGUUAUAUAACAAAGUGAUACUUGUUUUGUUCAAAUCGACCACUCAUUCUAUGAAUACCGCAUACUUUACUAUCAAAUGCUAAUUAUGUAGUCAUUUAUAAUUAUCUCAAUUUUUAGGUAUUUAUCGAGUGAUUAUUUGC